UUGUAUCAGAUGACACACGUGCCUAGCGUGUCUAUCUUCAGUUUGGUGGACGGACCCGGUUGGAUGGGCAGCGGUCACGGCGAAGAUAUCUCGUUCAUUUUCGGCCUUCCCUUUCUUCCAGAAACAGCGGCGCUGUACUCCGGUUUCUCGGACCAAGAAAGAGCACUGUCUGUCGAGUUCAUGAAAUUCUGGACCACUUUUGCUAAGACAGGAAAUCCCAGCACGAAGACACCUGGCUCUCAUCCAGAAUCUGAGUUAGAUUUCUGGCCUCGGUUCACCGUCCCUGAGUUGGAGUACAAGGAACUCAGCUUGAAUCUGACCACAUCCAGAGCACUCAAGAGCGACCAGUGUUACUUCUGGAAUACCUACGUACCGCAACUCCAAACCAUGUUCGCCGACAUGGAUGUUGCAGAACGUGAAUGGAAAGAAGCCUUCAGUACCUGGAAGUACACUGACAGGGCGGAUUGGAGGAAGGAACUGGCCGAAUAUAAGACACUUAACGUAAAUUAAUUGGAAAUUUAAGAUGAAAAGGAAAACAUUAACAUGAAGCUAAUUCUGUCAAGCGUUUGGACUUAUUUAGAAUUUUACAUUAUACAGUUUGGGGUGUUAAAGUUUUCAAAACAGACAAGACAUAAUUGAAUGCCCCGUUUGCAAUGGGGCUUUGAAUUCCUCAGCAACUGAAUUUCGGUAACAAUUGUUAAUUUUCUGUCAGUAACAUGCAUGUGCCUGUCUUUUCAUGCAUGUUUCCUCCCUUGUCAAACGGUAGGCUAAGAGACUAAAGAAGUAUGAAUUGUGUAAAUCAACAACAGCAUUCCAUUGGACGUAAUUUGAAAAACAUUUUCCUGUAUGAAGGGGACUAAUUUAAAAAGCAGUAGUUCGCAUGAUAUGUUAAUUUCUUCGCAGGCCUGUCAAAAAUGUAACUGAUUUCGACAUAAUCGUUAUUUGAAUUAAAUUCACUGCCUGUUAGAUAUUUGGCUAAUUUCUUUCAUUUUUAUCCACAAAUUCAUUCUCGUUUUAGAAUUGCUACCCUGAUAUGAUUUAAAGUUUUGUUCAAUAGCCAUUAAGAAUUUUAAUUCAAGUUUCAAAUGAGCCAGCUUGCAUGCUUUGCGUCUGCGCAAGCUUCACUUGAUUGACAAAGCCUCACCUGAGAAUAUAGAAUAGAAGGGGCGUUGUGGCAUUGGGGGCGAAAAACGACCAUUCGGAAUGGUGGUUUGUGCACAAACGACUUUGGGACAAGGCUGAAGCCGAGUAACUCUUUGUUUGUCGGUAGUCGUGGCGCGUUUCUUUCACAACAUUUUGUGAAAG